GAUGAUAAACAAGCUAAAUUAAAAAAAGAAAAUACAAAUAUAACCGUUGCAAUCCAGUGUUAUUGUUUUUAUGUUUUUUGAAUGUUUGUGUAAAUUAACUAAUUAAUAUCGUGUAAAAUGGCUUCUUUUGAUUUAAAUUCUAUCAGUACAGCGUUGAGUGAUCCAAGUAGAACUAUAAGUGGUGUGGAUUUUUCUGGAAAGUCUCUCAAACUUGACACGGAAAAAGAUGCACAACCAAUUGUGGACGCGAUCAACACAUGCCCCGACCUCCACUACCUCACAUUGACCGGCAACACGCUGGGCGUGGCAGCCGCGCAGGCCAUCGCCAAGGCGCUAGAGCACCACCCCGAGCUGAAGGUGGCGAGGUUCUCAGACAUGUUCACUGGACGAAUGAAGACGGAGAUACCGCCUGCAUUGAGCGCCCUCGGUGAUGGCAUGAUAGCGGCAGGUGCGAGGCUUUCGGUGCUGGAUUUGAGUGACAAUGCAUUCGGACCUAUUGGCGUCGAGGGGCUCGUCAAACUGCUGCAGAGUGACGUGUGUGACCAUCUGCAGGAGCUCAGGCUGAAUAAUAAUGGGCUGGGCAUAUCCGGAGCUCGUCUCCUAGCCAAAGCACUGUCCACAAACCCGAGGAAGCUGAAAGUGUUCAUAGCGGGACGGAAUAGAUUAGAAAACGAAGGGUCCACAGCCCUGGCCAAGGUCUUCCAGCAAAUGGGCACACUGGAGGAACUGGCGAUGCCCCAGAAUGGUAUAUACCACGUGGGCAUCUCGGCGCUGUCGGAGGCCUUCAAACAGAACCCGAGGCUGGCCUGUCUCAACCUGAACGAUAACACGAUUGGAGCGAAGGGCGCUGCGGCGAUAGCUGCUGCUUUACCCACGUUGAAAAAUUUGAAAUCAAUUAACUUCGGUGACUGCUUACUGAAGAGUAAGGGAGCGAGGGCGUUGGCGAAGGCGUUCAAAGACAACACUGCAUUGCUAGAGUCCCUGGACGUGAGCCACAACGAGAUCGGCCGCGAGGCGGUGAUGGAGCUAGUGGACGCCAUCACACCCACACAGGACAGCGCCUCCAGGCUGGCCAGGGUCGUGCUUGCCGGCAACAGUUUGGGCGGCGCCGCCAACAAGAAGACGAUGCGCGAGCGGCUCGGAUCCUGCGCUGAACUCAGCGACGGCGACGACAGCGACGAUGCAACGGAUUCUGAUGAAGAAGAAGAAGAGGAGGAAUCCGAGGACAACUCGGAAGACAGCGCCACAGAAGAUGCUCAGCACAUCGACUCGAGUGCAGCCGAUAUAGUCAAAGAUAUCACCUUGGACACGUCAGGUGUGGAGGAAGUGGUGACAGACGUGGGCAGGUUCCUGCAGGAGCCCACCGCUGCCAACCUCGACAGGCUGGGACCCAACGCGGCAGAUGUUAUAGACGCCCACUUACAGUCAAUCAGGGAGCCAUCAGAGCUGAUCCAAGCUUACGUAGAGGCGACGUUCUGCGCGGCCGGCGUCUGCAACGCCCUCGGGCGGCAAAUGUUCCCCAAACUGCUGACUCGUGCCGGGCAGCAGCACGCGGCCGCCUGGCUGCUGGCCAACUGUAUGCUGAAGGCUCUUGGACUUAUCAAGUCUGAGAACAAAGACUACAAGAUUCGCUGGCUGCUGCCUGGCUGCUUUGCGGCGCUCGCCGACGUGAUCGAGGAGCCGUUCUUCCCGGCGCCCCUCCGGGACACGCUCCGUUUCUUCAUCAGCAGCAAGCUGCCGACCCUCGCGCCCGACACCAGGGACGUGGUGGAGAAACACAAAGUGCUACAGUCGUGAUUAAUAAACGUGUUCUAAAUCAUGGA